AUGGAAGAAGCACAACAUGUUGAAUCAACAGGAAAAUCUGAAAUUCAACAUGCAUACGAGAAACGUCGUAAGAAAAAAGGUGAACGAGAGAAGAAAGAAGUUAAAAAAUACUCAAAUAUUUUAUUUUCUUGUGUUACCGUAAGACAACUUCGUAAUUUAUUAAAUAAGGUUGAGAAGCAGAAUGGUUCAAAAAAUGAUCAUGGAAAUGGUAAUACAAAAUUUAAUGAUCGAGAGACAAUUCGACGAUUGACUUCUAGCAGAUCAAAACAACACAAAAGAAUGAAAAGACCACGUCAUAAAUCACAACAAAUAGUUGUGCAAAAUACUGUUCAGAUGAAAACAUUUCCCGUCGCGGCAAUAUCAAUGGGUUUAUUCAUUGCAAAUAGUGGUAAUAUGGGAGAUUCAAGUUGCAGUGUAACGUUUUGUUUUGUUUCUCGUCAACUGAUUUACGAUUUGUCAUACAGUUCAGGUCUUCUCUCGUAUAGAGCCGGUUAUAAAGUUCCAUUCAGUCACCUGGAAGCAAUUAAUUUUCAAGGAUAUUAUGUGAAUUUCAAGUUAUCGAAACCGGCUGAGCAAGAAUACUGUAAUCGACGAAGUGUUUCGGAUAGCAAACGUACCGUAGUACCAUGCAAUGAUUUUGAUGUCACAUUGGGACAGUAUAAAACAUCACUUAUUCAUGUAGUUCGCUUGCAUAGUGAUCAAUCAUCUCUAUGGAUUUAUCACUUACUCAGUGCAGAUCGACAAUUCUUCAAACCACUAAUACGACGAAUAAUGCUAAUUGGCAAUAGUAAUUCUACCAGUAGCACAGCUAAUUCAGAAUCUCUUAAACAUCCAUCAUCAGCAUAUACUGUUAAUCCUACAACAGUAUCGUUGUAUACGAAUGAUUCUGAUAAUUCGUAUAAUUUUGCUACAACAAAACGUUUCAAAUCGUUAUCAUCAUAUCUAGCAGAAUUUGAUGAUACGAGUGAUAAUGAUUUAGAAAUAACAAAUUACAAUGAAACAACAACAAACACUUCUUCAAUUAUGACAUAUAGCAUUACACAACCACAGUCUGCUGGUGAUUACAAUGAUAAUUUGAAAUGCAAUGAAAAUUUAUGGCAAUCUGAAAUGCCUGAACUUAUAACUGAAGAAUCAAAAGAUUGCUCGGCUGUUAUGAUAGAUUCAACAAUAACAAAUGAUGAUGAAUGUGUAUUUGAUCUAGCUGAUGAAUUGAACAAUGAUAAUGGAUUACAAAUAAUAGAUUGUUACAAUGACGGUACAGCGGAAGAGAAAGGAACAAAAGUGGUCAACGAUCCAAAUACUAUUAAUUCCACAUUUACUCUAUCAGAAUCGGAACAGGUAGAUUCGGAAUACGUUCCACAAAAGUCUGAUUCGCAAUAUAUUAUCAGUGAUUUGGAUAUGCUUUUUUAA